AUGUUUCGUCUGCUCCCUUGGUCCUCUUCCAUCGGGGGGGAUAAGGUAAUGGCCAAAGAGGUCAAGAUGCUCGCUGCGCCUCACUGCGCCCCUCCCUCUGUCAGCGGCUUCACACUGCCCCAGUUGAAGCGCAAACGAUCUGAUUCCAACGAUUCAACUACCAGUCGCGAUGCCCCAGUCGCAACAAAGUUACGAACAGAUGAUACACCCUCGAAGCAAAUACCCUUUCAACAACAACAACAACAACAACACUCUGCGACCAAAGAUGAUGCGACCACCAUGCCAACCGAACGUCUGAGCGACCAGGCUCCCGCGCGCGCGCCAGAUUUGCCACCUUUGCUGCCUGAUGGUGGUGGCUCCGAUCCAUCCGAUGUUCCGUCGUCCGACAACCAGAAGACUGCUGUGCGCAAAGUCGAUGUAGAGCGGUUGCGCGAAACGUUAGAAGCCCAGCUCAGCCUCGAGGUGCUGCUGAAACAUAACGAACUUCGGUUGAUCGACCAGGAGAUCGCAAAAUGUCAAGUCGCGUUGGAACAACUGCGCCGCUGCGCGGAAAUCCCCUACCCUGGGUCUCAAGCUAUUGGCGUAUCGCAGUCGAUGAGCAGUGGGACUGGAAUGUCAGUAUGGGCUCCUGGAAAUGGACCUGCACCGAUCUCUCCAGCACCCUGGGGUGUCGCAAACGGCCCUUACACCCGUCACUAUUCGCGGUGGUUGCUGCCAGACCCGCGUUUCGAUGGUGGCGAGGUCGAGCCGGCAACACCUAUGGGCUAUGGCAUGGCAACUCCUCUGGAAGGUCGCUCGACGCGCGGAAACCCAAUCGAUAUUGGCUAUCUGGCUGGCAAGUCUACAAGGCCUCAGCGAGGAUCCACUGGGACGAAGCUCCAGUCCUUGCCUAGCGGUUACCCAGCUCCGAAAGAAAGAGCUGGCCCCAUGAUUAUCCGACGAAAGUCAGAUAAUGUUUUUGUCAAGCUGGUCUGUCUAGAUUGCCGCAGGGACAAUUUCUCUAGCACUCAGGGCUUCAUCAACCAUUGCCGCAUUGCCCAUAACCGCAACUUUGCAAGCCACGAUGCCGCAGCGGUUGCGUCCGGGGAGCCUGUCGAAGUAGAUGACGCUGGUGCCGUUGUCGGUGGCAAGAGUGAACCUCCCUCCACUUCACUCGCGCCCGGCUUCGUUCAUCCUCUCAUUCGCUCUGCUCACGUUAUCGAACCAACGCCGCCUAGAACGUCGUCCACGUCAGAAUCAUCUGACAUUGCAGCUCGAAAACCGUCUUCAGAAAACGGCGGUUUACAAACGGUGGAAACACCUCGUACCUUGUCUCAUACACCACGGGGCCCCAAGACCCCUACGAUAGCAAAAGCGCCAAACGAUGCAUUCACUGCUUCGAAUGAUACCCCCCAUUUAUCAUCUUUGAUGAAACUUCGAGGCGUUGGGCUCGACCUUGGCCAGUUGGUCGGUGAUGCAAAGACCACAGUGGAUCUCGACGGAUACUUUUCUGAGGAGGGAGACUCGGAGUCUGAGCCAACAACACCGUCCGCAGAGCUAAAAUCCAACAAGCCACUUGCUACUCGUGCCGGGCGACAGCCCAUGCGCACGACAGCUUCACAAACAGCCUCUGAGCGCCCCGACGGCCACAAAGGCAUCGAAAGGCCUAAUCACCAGCCUCUCGUGCUGGAGACACUAACGCCUUCUCGACCGCAGGCGCCUUACCAGUCUCCUUAUGCGCAAACAGGCUCUGAGAUGAAUGAGCUGCGGGAAGUUGAUGGGGUCGACUUGAGCCCGAAUACCGUGGAGUCAAAUCAAGCUCCGAGUCUUGUGAGUGACGAUGACGAAUUUGAAGCGGCGUCUGACUCGGACAGCCCUGGGCCUAGCUCUUCUGAGGCAGGGGACGGAGACGACUUUAGCCUCAUUGAUGUGGAGGAUGACGAGGACACGACAGGCUCGACCACAACCAGCGAUUCAAACCCCAAGCCAGAUGUUGGAUUGGGAAGUGCCGGCAAGCCCCUGCAUCAUGGAAAAGUGAGGAAGAAGGGACAAUAUAUCCCGCCAUCCGUUGUUCCGUUGAAUCGGGGGAAAGACGAGAAGCGUGUGAGCUUUGUUAGUCCGAGCUCGAGCCCGAGCAAGGACAAGAAGGAUGGGAAGCGAUCUCCUGAACGAUAA